AGCAGAGCAGGAAAGGAGGAAGAGAAAGAGUUGAAAUAGAAGACUGACUGUUCCAAAGUGUUCAGUUUCACACAGAGAGAGUGUGUGGAAUUACUGCAGGUAGACAACUGGAUUUAACACAUGAGAACUUGUUGAAUAAAACUCAUAUAAAUCUCUUUGGAGAAAAGUAUAGAUUUAUAGACUUCUUUGAUGAAAGGGAUUUGCACGGGUGAAGGAAAAUAAAAAAAAGUUUUCAACAGGAGGAAAGGUGCAUUUGAAGGGAGCGAACAGUCAAUUUGAUUGCUCUAAACCAAAAACUGGACUAUCACACCCCGCAGACUGAUGAAUGGCAAGAUGAGUCUUUCCCGUAAUGGCACCCUGGAGAAACCUGUCUCCCUCCAGCCUUAUACUGAGCAGGGGGAGUCUGAACUACCUCAGCACCAUCUCCAUCACACUGGCUCCAUCUCCUCGAGCACACCAGCAAAUGUGUCCAGCUCAGGGGUUGUGGUUCCUCCUCCAUACUCAAUAGCAGGCAGUGCAGUGAAUGAUCCUCCUAUGGAGUUGAGGGGCUCUUUGGACUGUUGGGCCUGUUCUGUUCUGGUGACAGCACAGAAUCUGAUCAUUGCCACUCUCAACUUGGGUCUUGCUGCAAUUAUCUUUGGCCUCAUUCUCUUGCCGUCACUUGUCAUGGUCGUUUUUGGCUUUCUUUGCCAUUCAACAGUUCAGCGCCAUGGCACUAACGUCUACUGUUCAGAUCUCUUGGAUGAUGGAGGCUGUGUGGCUUUGCUGGUAGUGGGUUUCCUACUGCUGGCUCCACUGCUGGUUCUGGCCCUGGCUGCAUACUGCAGGAUGGCACACCACCUCCAGUUGGGUUUGUGCUUCAUUCCCUACAGCCGUGCUGUCUACAAGAACCUGCCAGCAUCACGUCAUCGGGGCCUAGGGGGCUGCUGCCAGCAGGGGGCAGGAGACAGUGAGAGAAAGGAUCUGGUAUUCCACACACAGCCAUGGGUAAGAAGGUCUUGCAGUGUUUUCCCUGGUACAAACGUUGUAAAGACAGGGGUAAAGGCAGGCUGUGCCCUCCUCCGGCUGUUCCAUCUGUUGAGGUGCAGCCUGGAUUCUCUCCGACAGUCUCCUGGGGUUAUGAUGGAGAGGAAAACGCUGUGCGUCCUGUGUAUUUUUCCCAUAAAGCGCGAGUAGCUUAUCGCCACCAGAUGGACGACAAUAUUAUUGACGCCACCUGCUGACCUCUGGGCUCACUUCCCAGAAUAUCUUGCCUUUUACCUGCCUGUAGGUUUCCAGAACACAAUAUUGAGGAAUACUAGAAGCCUACUAGACAGUUCUGUCUAGUGUAAUUAAACAAAAUCUUUUGUAUUUGGUGAAAAUGUCAUCCUAUAGUAAAUUGUUAUCCUAUAGUUCCUUUGACCUCUUGCCAGAACUGGGGUUCACUUGUCUUCUUCGUACUUGUAUUGACACAGAGUGGAAAAAUACAUGGACUGAAGUGGACACCUAGUGUUGUAAAUAAAAAUGCAUUGUAUGUUUGUCAUGCAUAUGUGAUCCUGGAUGAAUGAUUUCCUGUUGUUUUUUCAUUGUCACCAAGACAUGCUUGGUUUUUCAGAGAUUCAUGAUAACAUUCAGGCAAAAGAGAAUAUUUUGUACUAAUCACGGGGCUGAUCAUAUCAAAUUAAUAUACAUGUAGAUUUUGGAUUAUGUGAUGAUGUUUUGUUUCUUGUUCUGUAAUUCUGUCAAAGAAGUUGGA